GUCAUAUGUUAUCUGAGCUCGCGUUCAUCAUUAGCAUCAAUAAAAUAAUCGGUCAGUUCUUCAGUGCAUCACUGGCCGUCAGACGCGCUAGUUGUUAUAACAUAAAAAUAAAAUUACGUAAUUACAUUUAUUUAGACGUGAUACGGACUUAUAACUUUAAGCUUGAACACAUUGUGAACCUGUGAUUUAAAAAGUAAUAAUGGCGGAAGGUGACGUGCCAUUGGUGACGAGUUACGGCGGUAGCGAAAUCGAAUUUGGCGCGAAUGGGAAAGUGUCAAAAUCUAAUUCAAGAAUGUCAACCCUGCUGUUCUGGCAGGGUAAGGGCAAGGCGAACGGCGCCCCCAACGGUAGAAACUGGAUCCACGCGCCAGAUGCUCUCGUUAAGGGACACGUGGCGUAUUUAGUUAAGUUCCUAGGCUGUACGCAAGUGGACCAGCCGAAAGGCAUUGAAGUUGUGAAGGAUGCCAUUAAAAAGUUACAAUUUACGCAACAGCUUAAAAAAUCGGAGACGAAGGACGGUGCGAAGUGUAAGAAAGUGGAAAUCACCGUCUCCGUCGACGGUGUUGCCAUACAGGAGCCGAGAUCAAACAAUGUGAUGUACCAGUUUCCAUUGCAUAGGAUAUCUUACUGCGCGGAUGAUAAAGGCGCAAAAAAGUACUUUUCAUUCAUCGCUAAAGGUGGCAGCACUGUUAACGGGGUAAAUGGCCACGAUGGCGGCAACGCUGAGAAACAUGAAUGCUUCGUCUUCAUAUCGACGAAGUUAGCGUCAGAAAUAACCCUCACUAUUGGCCAGGCAUUCGAUUUAGCUUAUAGGCGGUUUUUGAACGACAAUGGAAAAUACAUAGAGAUGCAAAAACUGACCUUACAGAACAAGAAACUCGAAUUACAAAUGAACGCGUAUAAAAGUCGCUUACAGGAACUGUCAAAAAUAACUUACAAGGAUGAUCUAUCAGCAUACCUGUCACGUAACAAUCUAACCGACAUCGCAGAGUUCAAGCCCCCCCCAGAACUUGAGAAGCAAAUCUCGUCUCUCACUCUCGCGAAUGGCUUCAGCGCUAUGAACGGAACUAAGACUGAUAUCGGUGCGGAUGUCUUAUCAAACAACUCGACAGACACUUUUAACUCGAGCAACGACAAUAAUUUGUUGUUAUCGACACCCCCGCCCACACACAAUGGCAAGACCAACACUACUGGCAAAUUCCUGGGUGACCUAUCAUCCAGCAAGAACCCGGUAGUUGGUACUAAGCUGGAGGGCUUGCUGCUUAAUUCUGACUCGGAUAGCGAUUUCGAUCCGCGCGCUUUCGAGUCUGAACCCGUAACGCGCUUCACUUCACCGAUCAUAGACAACACUGUGACAUCCACUCCACCGUUACUGGCUCCACCUCCGAAAGCAUCAAAGCGCCAACAACAACAACAGCAACAACAACAAACAUUUAUGCAACCGAUCAACAACGACAUUUUCGGUUCAACACCGUUCUCAAUGCCGGCUCAAGUACAGCCGGUAACGUCACCAUUUGCCGCGCAAACUGCUGUCAAUGUCAAACCGAAUUAUGACAUAAGCGAUUUUAAUUUACAAACAUCUGUAUUUAAUUCGAACUCUUCGUUCACAAACGGUCUGACGGGAUACGAUCCAUUCGAUACCCAGAAAUCUGGAAAUAUAUUCGGUAACACGUAUGGGAAUACUUUCAAUGGUUUCGGUAACCUCAGUGAGAAACAGACGGUUGAAUUGGACAGCAGUUUCAAUGGUUUCCUAGAUAAGACUAUAUCGGAGAUGAAGGAUGGUUUUAGCAGAGGGAUCAGCUUUGGAAACGAUGAUUUUUCAAUAGAUAACCUCGAUCCCCUGAAAAAGAAUUAAAUACAACGCAUAAAUCUAAUAUAGUAACAAUUAACAAAAUCCUUGUGUUAAUUCACACAACAUAGCAUAUAUAAUAAAAUAUUAUUAGAUAAAACUCGUUUAAUAUAAUUACGUUGUGUGAGUUGAGUCGACGAUUCGAAAAUUAAAAAAAAAUGUUGCCAUUUGGUUGCAAAAUACGUGAUAAUAGGUAGUAUUCACGUUUCCCCUAUUUUUAUACACUUUUUUCAUAAAAAGUAUUUAAUGAAUCUCCAAAAUUUAUUACAUAUUACAAAAAAAAACAGUGAUAUUUUAAAACUUAACAUUGUUAACUGCUCAAUGUCAUUCCAAAAGUGCCUUAACUUUUUAAAAAGAAAACAUUUUAGUAGAUAAUUUAAGUGUAAAAAAAAUAUACAUAUGUAUCCAUAAAUAUAAAUGUACUAAUCAACUGAAAAAUUUGAAGAUCGCCUCAAAUUCUGUGAUAAUUCUUUUAAAAUUGAGGCACUUCAAAAUGUAUUAUACAAUCGGAUUCUUGGUGUAAAAUAAAAUAUAUUUUUUUAAACAUUGAAAUUUCAACUUUAAAGGAUAUUUUCAUUUUUAUUUACUAAAAUCAAACAACUUUACUUGCAUUGAAAAAUUUGUCUAGGUAAAGCUCAUAUUUGGCUAUUAGAAUUUUUACUUACUAAUAAGACUAUCGAAACAAUGGGAUUUUAAACAAUAUGUUUUUAAUGAACUGAUAUUCGACUGCAACUGUCGAAAUAAUCGCCAUUGUGAUCGCAAGUGCGUCCUACACUGAGCCAGUUUUAACAUUAAAAAAUGAAUAUUGAUAGAAACUAAUUCUGUUAACACUGAGUUUGACUCAGCAAUCAAGAGUUUUUUUUUUCUUUUUGUACAAAUUAAUUUGAAUUUAGAAUAACUUUUCGUAUUAUUUUUUUUUUAUUUAAAAAACAUGAUAUACGAAUGACAUUGUUGCUUUAAUUUUUGAAAACAUUCCAAUAUAAUAUUUUAAUUAUAUAACUAUUUUAAUCCUAAUAAUUUUAAGUAAAUUUUAAAUUGUGUAUAUUAGUUCUUAUAAUCUGUUGUAUCUCUGUCUCAUUAGUGGAAUAUUAUUAAGUAUUGUUUACACUAAUGUUACUUUAAGGCCAAAAGAUAUACAUAAUUGUGUAUGCAGUAAUAAAAUUUAUGUUUAUAA